CACCAGAAUCGACAGAGUGAAGUCAAUUUUGAUAAUCAUAAUACUGUUUCCUACGAGCUUUCGAUCUCCUUAGUCAGAAGCUCGUCCUUCGGAAGUUUUCCGUGUCUCUCUCUCUCUCACACACACAUAAUGGCCACAGCCUCUAGGCUGCAGCAAGAACGAAGCUAAAGAAUGUGGAGAAGGGCUCUCGGCUUCCUCCUCCUUCACCCAACGUUUCGAUCCCAACCUUCAAUUUUCUCCUCCACCAGACUCCUCUCUUCCAAUUCCGACACCCAAGCUCUCUAUUCUUUCCUGCAGCCGUCCAUUUUUUCUCUUAGAAAGCCUUCUCCUCACAGCGCCUCCGCCGCACACAACCCGGACCAAUUACCACCACCCAACCUCCACCAAACCGUAGAUAAAGCUGCCCUCGAGAACGAACUCCAAGCUUCACUGGAGAAGCAAAGCAUCGAUGAAGCGUGGAAGGCCUUCAAGGCGCUCACAGCCCAUUCCCUUCUGCCCGGUAAGCACCUCGCCAACUCCCUCAUCACAAGUUUGUCCUGCUUCAAUGAUGCCCACAAUCUCAAACGGGCGUUUGCCGCCUUGGUCUUCAUUUUGGAGAGGAAGCCAAACAUUAUAACCGCCGAAACAGUAAGAAAGAUGCUAGAAACAAUGAGAAAAUCGAACAUGCUGCUUCCUGCAUUUGCUGCUGUUAGAUCUAUGUUGAAGAAUUUGUUUUAUAUUGAGUUUGGAAUUUGGGGACCUGUCCUGGUAGAGUUAGCUAGGAAAAAUGGCAACUUGGUCGCGCUGUUUAGGGUUUUGGAAGAGGUUUGCGAGGUAAUCGGGCGAAACAAAUCAUUGGGAUUCAUGAAACCUGACAUUGAGGCAUUCAACGCUGCAUUGGAGGGCUGCACUUGCGAAUCGAGAUCAGUUGGAGAUGCGGAGGCUGUCCUGGACAUGAUGUCCGCCAUGGGCGUGAUGCCGGACGGCACGACCUUCGCGUUGAUGGGAUUUGUUUAUGCUUCUGAGGGUCUUGUCGACAAGAUUGCUGAUUUGGACCAAAUGAUGAAGGAAUUGGGCAUUUCUCCGGAUCAGAAGCUCUAUGGCAGCUUGAUCAGAGGCUACCUGAGGUCUGGGGAUUUGGAGGCCGUGGAAAAGGUUGUGCUGUGUGCAGUGCGGCAGCGGGUGUCUAGCUCAGUUCCAGACGGCAAUGGGGAGGUGUGCCAGAAGCAAAUCUCCUCUGAUAGUCUUGUUUUGGAUGAAGAAACUUAUAGUGGUAUUGUGAAAGGUUUUCUUGGGAUGGGGAGAAUCAGGGAUUUGGCUAGGUUGAUUGAGAAAUCACAAGACCUAGAGCAAGGAUCUUUUGGCACUGGCUGCUCCGUGGGAUCUGGAAUAAUUAACGGUUGUGUUGAGCUAGGGAUGCUUGAUAAAGCACAUAGCAUUGUGGAUGAGAUGAAUGCACUGGGUGCUACAGUGGGGAUCGGGGUUUACACCUCCAUUUUGAAAGCCUACUGUCGAGAGCAUAGAACAGCUGAAGCAGCUCAAUUGGUUGGAGAGAUCAGUUCAUCAGGGCUUAGGUUGGACGAGAGCAGCUAUGAUGCUCUAAUAGAUGUAGCAAUGACAACGCAGGAUUUCCAAUCAGCAUUCUCCUUAUUCAGAGAUAUGAGAGAAGCGAGGAUGCCUAAUUUGAAGACAAGCUAUUUGACUAUCAUGACUGGAUUGACAGAGAACCAUAGACCUGAAUUAAUGGCUUCCUUUCUCGAUGAAGUUGUGACAGAUCCACGAGUUGAGGUGGGCACUCAUGACUGGAAUUCAAUCAUUCACUCCUUUUGCAAGCUCGGGAGGCUGGAGGAUGCUAGGAGAACGCUUAGGCGAAUGGUUUUCCUAAGAUUUGAACCAAAUGAGCAGACUUAUCUUUCUCUUGUACAUGGCUAUAGCACGGCAGAGAAGUAUUUCAGCGUCCUUAUGCUGUGGACGCAAAUCAGAAAACGACCAGCUAUGAAGGAACAGACAAAUAUAAAGUUUGACCAUAAUCUGAUUGAUGCAUUUCUUUAUGCUUUAAUCAAGGGAGGGUUCUUUGAUGCAGCUAUGCAAGUUGUUGAGAAAGCGCAGGAGAUGAAAAUUUUUGUGGAUAAAUGGAGAUACAAGCAAGCCUUCAUGGAAAGUCACAAGAAGCUAAAGCUAGCAAAAAUAAGGAAAAAGAGUUUCAGGAAGCUGGAAGCACUCAUUUCUUUCAAAAACUGGGUUGGUUUAAAUGCCUGAACCUCCUGUAUCUACCAUUGUAAUACUAUAGCUGGAUGAUAACGACAGAGAUACUUUGGGCACCUUACUUUGAAGGAUGAAGGAAGUACUGACAGGUAGCACGAAGGAUAAAAGCAAAAGGUGCUGCUUCAAUGGAACACAAGUACCGAGAAUGUUGAGCUCUAUCAUAAGUGAUGAUGAGCAAAGGUACUGGUGGUUGAACUGAAGAUAGUCUUACUACCCAACUUGAUGAAACAUGUAGAUGAGGCAUUCAUAUGAACUGGCACCCCAUCAACAGCUCAACUAGCGCGAGGGAAACAUGAAGAGGUCAUACGAAUACUCAUCCUUUCAACAAUACGAGAAUUUAUAGAAAAUUGUAAUUCCUGCAAUCCAUGUCAAUUUGACCCAAAAGUUCGUGUACAUUUCUUGACAAUUUUUGUUAGUGCAGAAAGCAUCUUACAGUUUUCGUGUGUGUAUCUAAACGUUGUAAUUGUUGAGACCAACGAUCCUUUUUCGCGUGUCGUACUUCAUUGGUGUGCUAAUGCUUUAACGUAUCUUUCUUCAUAUAUCACAUGGACUGUUGGACACAACAACAGUAGGUGCCUACAUGGCUGGACACAGGUGCGGGUGCUGGACAUGGAAAACA